AUGCCCCGUGACCUUUUGCAUCCGUCUGCUGCUGAAGAGGCUUCCAAGCACAAGCUUCGUCGUCUUGUACAGACCCCGAAUUCGUACUUUAUGGAUGUCAAAUGUCCUGGAUGUUUCAACAUUACGACGGUAUUCAGUCAUGCCCAGACGGUCGUGCUAUGUGGCUCGUGCUCUGUAAUGCUGUGCCAGCCUACGGGUGCUUGCUGUCAGUUUUCUUCCUGGCAGAAAGUAACUAGAUACUCAACGACGCAAGGGCAGAGAAGAAAUCAAGCAAAAUAA